UCAUAUUUUGUUUAACGGCGUGCUGUUUGUAGUUUUCGUUUAAUUCUUUUUCAAGUCGAACAUUAGUAAAGCACAAGAAUUUAAUUUGCCUGUAUUAGCCCAAGUUUUAUAAGGGAUUUAAACUACUGAAGCCAUGGCUUCAGGACUGGAAAAUUAUGUGAAUCAAACAGUGUCAGUGAUAACUUCAGACGGCCGGAAUUUUAUUGGAACUUUAAAAGGUUUUGAUCAGACGAUAAACAUUAUAUUGGAUGAAUCCCACGAGCGAGUGUUCUCUUCUUCAACUGGUGUGGCGCAAGUGGUUCUUGGACUUCACAUAAUACGUGGCGACAAUGUAGCGAUCGUCGGCCAAAUAGACGAAUCUAUUGAUAGCAGAUUAGACCUUGGGAAUAUAAAAGCAGAACCUUUGGGUUCUAUUGUUCAUUAGUUACUUUAAGGAUAUGUAAUAAAUAAGAUUAUUUACUUA